AGUCUGGUGAUCCACAGCAGCAGCAGCAGCAACAGCAGGAGGGUCCAGUUCACUCCACACUCUCCAUGUUGAAACAGAGCAACUUCUCCUCCGGCGCACUCUCACCGUCUGCCACAGCCCGACUCUUGCUCCCCGCAGUGCCGCUAUCUCCCUCAGCCCUGUGCCAUGACGCUGAGCAGGGAAACAACUGCGUGAGCGCCGCCACGGUCGACACAGAGUGAGGCAGGCUGCUCUCAUAAAGGCUUCUGGAUGUGGCGUCUCCUGCAGCUCAGGUGAAAGAGGAAAACCAGGUUGUCAGGAUGAAGGAGGAGAAUUUGUUCCAUCGGAGGUUUUCUCUAUGUCCUAAUGCCACCUCCCCACCCAAGAUUGAUCCCCGCACCCUCACUCGGAAUCUGUCUUAUGGAGGAGACAAUGACAUCUACAGCCUCAGCCCAGGCAGUGAAACAGACAGGAACGGUCUCUCCAUGCUGAGUAAUGAACUUAGUCCUGCCCAAUCACCAGGCAGUAAGUCUGAGUCCAGAAUGUUCAAUGGUGUUGAGAAGGACUGCCCCUCCCCCACAGAGAGGCUGGCCCGGAAGGAGUCUCUGAAGGUCCAAAAACAGAAUUACAGGCAGGAGAAGAAAAGGGCAGCUAAAGAACUAUUCAGUGCACUAAAGGACCCCAGUGUUGUCAUCAUGUCAAACUGGCUAAAGAUCCGUGGCUCUUUGAAGAGUUGGACCAAGUUGUGGUGUGCCCUGAAGCCUGGUGUUCUUCUGAUUUACAAGACCACCAAGACAGACCACUGGGUGGGCACCAUCCUCCUCAGUGCAUGCAAGCUGAUCGAAAGACCUUCAAAGAAGGACGGCUUCUGCUUCAAGCUCUACCAUCCACUCGACAAAUCUAUCUGGGCUGUCAAGGGUCCCAAAGGAGAGACUGUUGGCUCCAUCACGCAGCCACUACCCAGCAACUAUCUGAUCUUCAGAGCUGCCUCAGAGUCUGAUGGACGGUGCUGGAUGGACGCCCUGGAGUUGGCUCUUAGUUGUUCCAGUCUCUCCAAGCUCACAGCCAAAGCGGGUAGAGAGGGAGAUAUCAGCAUGUCGUUAGAGUCUUCCCAUAUACUCCACCUGCUGCAAUCAACAGCACUCACUGAUGCAGAGUUGCUACAGAUGAAUGACUCUUUGCUGCUCGGCAAUCACCACAUGGAGAACGAUGGGUUUUCCGACAAAUCAGAGCGCGAGGCUCACGACGACUGGGACACUACGCCCAUUGAGAAUGGCGGAAGGCUGACGGAAGAGAGCGACAUGGAGCAAUCGGAUGAGCUGUCUUCUGGGCCUCAGGCCACAGCUUAUGUAGAGCAGAGCACAGAGGAGAUGGGUGAGGCUGGCGAGGCGUCCCAAGUGGAAACUGUAUCAGAGGAGAACAAAGGCCUGAUCUGGGGUCUGCUGAAACAGCUGCGGCCAGGUAUGGACCUGUCCAAGGUGGUGCUGCCCACAUUCAUCUUAGAGCCACGCUCCUUCCUGGACAAGCUGUCUGACUACUACUACCACGCUGAUCUGCUCUCACAAGCUUCACUGGAGGAGAGUGCAUAUGGUCGCAUCAAGCAGGUGUUGAGAUGGUACUUGUCUGGUUUCUACAAGAAACCUAAGGGUCUUAAGAAGCCUUACAACCCAAUCCUGGGGGAAACAUUUCGCUGCUGCUGGCUACAUCCUCAGACCGACGGCUGCACUUUCUAUAUAGCUGAACAGGUUUCCCACCAUCCACCCAUCUCUGCCUUUUACAUCUCAAAUAGGAAGGAUGGGUUUGCGAUCAGUGGAAGCAUCCUGGCCAAGUCUAAAUUCUAUGGUAACUCUCUGUCAGCUAUUCUGGAUGGCAAAGCAAGACUGCUGUUCCUGAACAGGGAGGAGGAAUAUGUCAUCACGAUGCCAUAUGCUCACUGCAAAGGAAUCUUGUACGGGACUAUGACACUAGAGCUCGGGGGGAAAGUUACCAUCGAGUGUGAGAAAACAAAAUGUUCUGCACAGCUGGAGUUCAAAUUAAAGCCUUUCCUUGGAGGUCCCUCCUCUGUGAAUCAGAUCAGUGGGAAGAUUUUAGAAGGAGAGGAGAUGAUGGCUACUAUUGAUGGACACUGGGACAGUGAGGUGUUCAUUCAAGAAAAGCGCACAGGCCAGCAGGAGACGCUGUGGAACCCGAGCGCAGACAUCCGCAGCCUCCGCCUCAAGAGACAAGUGGUACAGAUGGACCAGCAGGGGGAGUUUGAGUCUGAAAGACUGUGGCAGCAUGUGACCAGUGCCAUCAUGGAUCGGGACCAGCUGCGAGCCACGCAGGAAAAGUUUGUGUUGGAGGAAGCUCAGCGGAAAGAGGCGAAGGAGAGAGGAGACACACCCUGGGCCCCACGACUUUUCCACCAGGACCCUGUCACCUCCGAGUGGACCUACAAGCACAGAGACACACAGCCGUGGGACCCAGAGUUCUGUCUGAUUCAGUUUGAGAAGGACGGAGUGAUUCAGACGCACGAGAAAAGUCAGAGACAACACCACCGACUCUCUUACAGCCACAGAUGGACAAGUCAGCAGAAGGCGGUGGUGAAUGGGAAGCACAGGAAGGCCAGCAGUCAACCGUCCAGCUGCAGCCAGAACACGGAGAGCAGCAGCACCACACCUGAGCCCACACACGAGUCCUCGGACAAUGAAGGGUUUUCCAGCCAGUGUGCACGGUGCAGUAAAGAGAAAAAGGACAUCACCCAGAUAGAAGCCUCCAUUACAUCUAUACAGAAGACACAGCAGGAUAUUCAGAGGAACCUGGUGGCCCUAAGUCGUCAGCUGUCUUACCAGAGAGCCACGGAGGACAACGUGUCGCUCACCGGCCGUCACUGCCUAAUCCUCUGUGUUCUGCUCCUCUCUCAGCUCUUCCUCAACUAUGUCUUCACCUGAACUCACUCCUCUGGGAAGAGUUUCCAUCUGGCACUGAUUUGGCUGUAGAUUCUUCCAAAAAAAAAAAGCACAGACUAUAAUCUGCACCGGGGACAGAGACCUCAGAUCAGUGUCAGGGCGGCAACUUUGUCCCUUUUGUUUCAUUGGGGGAGGACAUUAUAGCAAUAAACACAGCCACCGCCUAUCAGUCAUCUGCAGAGAGGAACAGCACCCCCUAGUGUAGCCAGACUGAAAUAGCACCGGCACCCACGCACUUUGGACAGGAAAGGAUGAGCGAUGAAGCGCGGCUAGAAAAAAGAUUUUGAAUAUAAAGAUGAAAUGUAUGAUGGAGUUGAAGAAUGAAUUUGCAAAAGGAAAUGACAGAGAGGAUGUUUCACCAUUCCUUAGUGUCUUUUUUAUAUUGCCCCACAAAACUGUUUAUCUGUGCGUGUGUUUGUAUGUGUGUUAUUCGUACCUACAGUAGGCCCCAUGGGCACAGGUAGAUCAUCGCUUGGACUUCUCUUUCUCUUCCACUCCAAAUGUUGGGCCUUAACGCUGAAGCCAAAAAAAAAAGAAAGAAAGAAAAGCGCAACAUGUUCAGACGAAGAAGGAAAACUCUUCCAACAGUGCAAUUUCUUUGUGUUUUGUAUCGAUAUACGCUCAGAUAUACUCCGUCUCGUCUUUUAAUGAUGAUGAUUUUACCAAAACAGUAUUUAUAAUCUGAAAGAACAAAGAGUACUUGUUUACAAGAGUGCACUGUGUGUGUGUGUGUGUGUGUGUGAAGACACAAGAAGGAAACAAACACUGAAACGAGACAGAGGCAUAGAGCCAAGCAGUGUCUUUGAAUUUGUGUGCCUGCAGUGCCGUAGCUGAAGGCAUAUUAUAGCGACGCUUUGGUUGAGACCACGACACUAGUGUGUACAAUCAGUUACUAAAAGAGGCGGAACGUGGAGGGAGAAAGAGUGACAGAGUGAGGAAAAAAAAAAUAGAAAUUGGAUCUUUUGGGCCUAAUAUAAGGAGUUUGUGUGUGUGCAUCUUGGUCUGCACCAUGUCCAUGUGACUGUUUUAUGAUGUAAACACUUUUUAAUGAUUUUGUUUUUUUCUUUUAGUCAAAUUUGUUUAUAUUUGUCUAGCGGUCGAUGUUUCAAGAGAUUUCAGAAUGUAUUUAUUGGGUGAUUAACGGAGACUUUCCUAAUCUAUUUCAACAUGGAGGACGGAGACGAUUGUUCUCCCAUGGAUUUUUUAUUGUGUGUGUGUGUGUGUGUGUGUGUCUCACUAAGAGGGAGCGUGUGUUUGCGAGUAAGCCAUUAUAAGACUAAUGCUAAAGAAGACCAGUUCUGUGAGCUUGGUUUUUUUAUGCUAUGAAUUGCCAGUACUGAUCUACCCAACCGGAUAGAAUCAGAGUGCACAAGAAGGAAGUCAACUCAAUGAAUGCUUUUAUUUACACUUGCAUUUGUAUAUUCUUUUCUUUGUGUUGUCUUGUUUUCCUGUUUUCUACUCUACUGCCAUGCUGCGGGGAUUCGACAUGCCAGUCAUUUUUCGUUACAUGGACUGAACGACACACAUGACGUUGCUCGACAUUUUCACUCAUACCUGUUGCAUACUGUAGCACUACAGUAAAAUAAUUUAACCCUGUCAUUGACUUGUCAAUAAUGUCUUGAAAAUUGUACUUUGAAAUUGAAAAGAAAUGCUUUACACUUUACAGACGAGGGAGAUGUUGCUCAUUAAAACUCUCUAAACCUUUA